GUAGUGUGCCUAGCCUCUGGAUCUAAUAUCACCUACCUGCCCUUGUCACUCUGGUACUCCGCACAGCUAACAGUAUCAGCCUGAGAUACAUAUUUGCUCUUCCUUCAAUCAAAACGCCGUUGCAUUUUCAUCCAACGCGAAUAAUGCUGGGUUUCUUCUAAAGACAUUUUAAGCCGUUUAAACAACUUUUUUUAACCAUUAAUUUGCCAGAGGAGACGUGUUGCUGUGAAUCUUAACACCACUGAUUCAACCUUUUCUCUAUCCGUCGGACGUCUCUCUUUUUUUAUUGCAUUGAGGGAACGUAAUCCGCCUCUGACAGCGAGUUUUGCGCGCUAUCCUAUUCAUAUGAACUCUAUGAAGGAUCCAUUGAAUUUGGACCAUCAUCACCACCACCACCUAACCGGGACUAAACUCUCCUCCACGCACCACACGGCACUAGCAAUGGCCUCUAGUCUGCAGCCGUUGCAGCGGUCUGUGGACUCCAAACACCGGUUAGAGGUGCACACAGUAUCAGACACCUCCAGUCCGGAGUCCGUAGAGAAAGACUCAAAGGGCCAGAGCAAAACUGACGACUCUUCAGAUGAUCCUUCUAAAAAGAAGCGACAGCGGCGACAGAGGACUCACUUCACAAGCCAGCAGCUACAGGAACUGGAGGCCACGUUCCAGAGGAAUCGCUAUCCGGACAUGUCUACAAGAGAGGAGAUAGCCGUGUGGACCAACCUCACAGAGGCCCGCGUCAGGGUGUGGUUCAAGAACCGGCGAGCAAAAUGGAGGAAAAGGGAAAGAAACCAGCAAGCCGAGCUAUGCAAGAACGGCUUCGGUCCUCAGUUCAAUGGACUUAUGCAGCCCUAUGAAGACAUGUACCCCAGCUACACAUACAACAACUGGGCCGCCAAAGGGCUAACUUCGGCCUCCUUGUCCACCAAAAGCUUCCCUUUUUUCAAUUCCAUGAACGUCAACCCUUUGUCAACGCAGACGAUGUUCUCCCCGCCCAACUCCAUCUCUUCAAUGAGCAUGACUUCCAGUAUGGUGCCGUCCUCGGUUACUGGCGUGCCCGGUUCGAGCCUCAACAGCCUCAAUAAUUUAAACAACCUUAGCAACCCCUCUCUGAAUUCGGGAGUUCCCACGCCAACCUGCCCGUACGCCCCGCCGACCCCUCCUUAUGUGUACAGGGACACUUGUAACUCCAGUCUGGCAAGCCUGAGACUGAAAGCCAAGCAGCAUUCGAGUUUUGGAUACACCAGUGUUCAGAAUCCAGGCUCAAAUCUGAGCGCGUGCCAGUACGCCGUGGAUAGACCAGUGUAAUACCUGAGAAUUUCACGAGCCCGAGUCAGAGGAACGAGAGACUACUUCUUUUUUUUUCAGAAGGGCACUAGAAUACUAAACCACCGAAACCCGCGAUGGAGUUUCAAACUUAAAUGGAAGUAAUUAGGCUUUCUUUAAAAAAAAAUCCUAAUUAGUAUUUUGUUCUACACCGGCGAGUGGAGAAUGUAUGAUACUUUACUUUCCACGCUUGUUUAUUUUAAGGUUUCUAAUUUUGGACGUUAAUUGACUGAAAGGUUGUAUAUAUAUCGAAAUAUCAUCUCCAGUUUAUUGAGGCGAAUGCUGUUGCUCUCCAGUUUUCUCAAGGUUAAAUUUAACAAAGCAUGUGAAAACCCUAAAGGAAUAAUGUUUUGCUUGUAAACAAGGGAAUGUACAUACUAAACGCACCAGUUGUGUGUUUCUAACAUAUUAUAAAUUUAUUAUUAAAUGUCUGUGUGAAUAUCGAUUUAGAGUAGCAAUCUUGCGUAUAAAAAGACGCAUCAAAUGUUCCUGCGAAAUUAAAUUGGUUUUGCUCUGUGUA